AUUGUGCCCGGUAUAUGGCAAUAGGCUCACCCUCUACAUGGUACUCAUAAUAUAAAUAGUGAAAAGUGGGUGUUACAUUAUAUACCUCGUGGCAUUCCGUACCGUAAUGUACACCUUUGCCUACUCCUUCGGGGAUAAAAGGCGUGAUUUUGAAUUAUAAUAUUUUGGGUAUUUAUCAUAUUUGAUGCCAUUAUAAGUUAUCGGAAUGGUAGCAAGGUUAUGGGUCUCAACCUAAGUGUUGAAGUUGAAGAUUGCCAGUAUAAAACCUGGCCCAUAGGUCCCGUGUAUCAGAAGUGUGCUCGACUGUGCUACACUGAACACGACCACAGCAACUCUCGGACUAUGAAACUUCUAGUGUUGACGGCGAUCGUCGCCGUUGUCACCUCGAACCCUCUCACAGAAAAUGAAAAAUGGCCCUGGCAAGUAGGAAAAGAAUACGUCUAUGAUGUUAAUACUUACACCUGGACCAAGUUCGACAAUAGCAACAGCAAUGGCAACGCUUUCAAGUCUCAGUUCGUGAUCCGCGUCCAGGCUCCUGGACAUCUUCUGGCUAAAUUACAAAACCCCUUAUACGCCCAGAUUCAAGGAGUCCUUGAUAUCAACGAGGUUCCUUCUGACUUGAAAUACGAACCUGUUCCGAAAAUCGACGAGGUUUUCGAAAUUUUCGUUGAUGGAGGUCGAGUGCUUUCUCUGAAAGUACCUUCUAGCUUAUCAUCGCUUAAUGAGAACAUACUCAAAGGUUUGAUCAGUGCCCUCCAAGUCGAUCUAUCUACAUUUGGAUAUGUGGACAAUUUCCCCAACAGCUUCGAUAAAAAGACCUUCCAGGGACUCUUCAAGAAAUCGGAAGCUGAUGUUGCAGGCGACUGUGAAACUUUAUACUCAAUUUCUCCAAUUUCUGUGGAAGUACGUCGUAACUUGCAAUCAUUUGCUGAAAACCCCAUCGAGAUCACUAAAAGCAAGAACUACAACUCCUGCAAGAAACGUAUUGGUUUUGCCUUUGGUGUCCCAGAGGGAGCUGGACACGCUUAUGAAGAUGAUGAAAGACAGUUCAUCAAGCACACUACUGAAUCUCGAAUUCAUGCUGGUAAACAGGGAACGAUCUACAAGUCGGAAACGUUAGACACUGUAUUUGUGAGUCCUCUCUUGUUUGGGAAACAAAAAGCUGAAGUCUACAGUUACGUUGGUCUCGUUUUAUCUUCUGUGGAGGUAAUUGGGAACACUGAAUGGGCACAGUCUGCAAACAUCCGCAAUGUUCAAUCACUUUUGCUGGCUAGCUGGUUAGGUGGAUCUGAUGCAUAUUUUAAAGAUGACCCAAAAGAAAUUGAGAAUGCCCAAAAAGUACUCCAAGAAAUUACUCUUCUGCUGCAGGAUUCUAACAAUCUACCCGCAAAUAACUUUUUGUCAAAAUUUAUAUCCCUGGUUCGUUUCAUUGUUUUACUGAAUUCCGAGCAAUUAUCUCAGAUGACAGCGAGUGUUGAAGUCGCUAGAAACGCUAAUACGAAAAGUAAAAUGUGGACCAUCUAUCGGGAUGCAGUUGCACAAGCAGGUACUGUGGCGGCUUUUAAAGAGCUCAAAUCGUGGAUUUUAACUAAGAAGAUAGAAGGUGAAGAAGCUGCUCAAGUUAUUGCAUCUGUAUCUGGCAGUCUAAGUUUUUCGAACAAGGCAAUCAUGAAUGAAUUUAUGGAACUUGCUUUAAGCCCCGAAGUUGUGGAACAAAAGUACCUUAACAGUUCUGCUUUACUGGCCGCUACUAAAUUCAUUCGCUCUGGAAACCAGAACCAAUUUGUGGUGAAAAAGGUUAUUCCUCGUCUUGCUUCAGAACUGAAAAAAGCUAUCGAAGACGAUGACAGCAGCAAGGCUCAGGUAUACAUUAGAAGUCUUGGCAACUUAGCUCACCCUGAUAUCUUAAAGGUCUUUGCUCCCUACUUUGAAGGCCAAGUCGCCAUUACCAAGUAUCUUCGAACACAAAUGGUAAUUAGUCUAAAAACUUUGGCCAACAAGAAGGACAAAUUUGUUCGCGCCGCACUCUUCAGCAUCUUGAGGAACACCGCUGAACCAUACGAAGUCAGGGUCGCUGCGGCUUUGAACAUCUUCUUAGCUUUCCCCACCGCAGAGAUGAUGCAAAUUAUGGCACAUAUGACUAAUGAUGACCCAAGCGUCCAAGUUCGUGGUGUAAUAGCAACCAGUAUUUCCUUUGCAGCUAAUUUGAAGGACCCUCGCUUUGCAGAGCUUGCCAAGACCGCUCAAGCUGUUUCGAGUAUCGUAUCUAAGGAAAAAUUCGGGUACCGUGCCUCUGCCGACAGUAUUAUUGAUGACUACAUUUCCAGUGAUGACCUGGCCCACUUCAGAGAAUUGUCUUUCAUCGGUAGCAGUGACAGUUUCCUGCCCAAGUAUCAUAGGUCAGCUUUGAGAUUAAGAAGCAGUGGGUUAACCGAAGAAGACUGGAUCAGUUUUUCCGUUUCUGACGUACGAGACUUACUCAACUACCUUCAGAACCUUUUCUUUGUCGAAGGAUUUACAUCAGAACCUGACCUAAAAUUUUCUGCGAAGAAAGUAGCUCAAGAACUUAACAUUAAGCGAGACCACCGAGACCCAAUUGAAGGCGCAUUAUUUAUUGAUAAUUUAAACCAACAAAGAUUGUUUACUUUCGACGAAAAAGCACUUCCUAAUCUGUUUUCUGAAUUAGUUCAAGGACUAUAUAAUAGAGAUGAGAAACAAUAUACGAAGAUUAUAAUCGGCAAACAAGUUAUUGUUACCUUCCCUCUAGCCACUGGUAUGCCUUUUGUUUAUGCAUACAGUGAGCCUAGUUUGUUCAACAUUGAAGGCGAAGCUUCUUCCAAAUUUACCGUAGCAAGGACUCCCUCACUCCACUAUAAUAUUAGAUUCACCUAUUCCCGAAAUUUGGACGGCAGUGUUGGUUUCUUAGACACUAUUAGUGGAGUCUACGCUAGCAGUGGAGUUAUUAACAAAUUAGAAUACUUCAUCCCUGCCAAGUUUUCUGUUAAACCGAAGAUUAAUGAAAUAACGUUUGACAUUGAUUUUCCGGAAAAAGAUGCCAACCUAAUUCACAUGAGUGUAUUUCCCUACACAUCUUUGCAAAAAAUGCAUUCUACAUUGACAGUAUCUGAAGAUCCAUCGACAAAAGUCAUUAAACGCUCUACUCCAAUUCUGGCUACUGACAUAAAUAUUGGCGAGUCUGCUGGUGUCAGCCUUAACCUGAAAGGACACUCAUAUUCCAACGAUUUCAAGAAAAAUAUUUUCGCUUCUGACAUUUUGACGAACGUUCGCAAUUUGCUGUACCAGAAUGACAUUUCUUAUACGCAAUUUGAAUUAAAAUACGUAGCUAAGGAAACUAAAAACAAACAUUUUACUUCCACGUUAUUGUUUGAUACUCUAUACGAUCACAAAGGGGAUGAUGAAAUUGGACCAGCUGAUCAACUUCUUGAUAUUGCCCCCAACAGUGCGCAUCGUCGUAAACAACUAGCUGAUCGAGUUGCAUCGGAAAUUGAAUAUGCUAAAGUUCGAAUUGUUGACAUCAGUGCUGUAUUUGAGGGUCAAGACAAAAAAGAGUUUGUAUUUACCGCAGCUUUAGCCAAUAGUGCAGCAGACAAUAAAGUUCAAGCUAUCGUAUUUGCUAGUGGUGAUGAGCAAAUUAAUGCCGUUUUCAAAGUAGUAAAGCCGAAGGUAGUCCCAUUAAAUUUUGAGAAGGCUUUGAAGAAUGAAAUUAAAGUAGAAUAUGAAGCUGAUUUCAAGUAUGGAGACUCGGAAAAUAUUAUUUUUAAAGGUUAUGGUCAACGUAGCAAGGAAUAUACUGAAAGAUUAUCUAAUGAUCCUUUAGCAAAGCAAUGCUUGCAAGAGAACUUCUAUCAGAGGAAUUGUUACAAAAUGAUCAUCAAGGCACACGCACCUGACUACUUUAAGGGUACUGUGACGUACAAAGAUGUUAACCCUGUGCUGUUGAAUGCCACCUACAAAAUAUACAAUAUUUUCAAACACUUUACGACUUGGGAAGAGGACGAGGACCUGCUGAAGGCUACUGAAGAUGGUAAAGUGGAAAUUGAAGCGAAAGCGUUCUAUUACGAUAACUACAUCAACUACAAAUUCAACACCAAGUAUGGAGAGUUCCGCAUGAACAAUGUCGAGGGACGUUCCUACUACCCCUACGCUAUGGCUAUCUACACGCCCAUUACCCACUGGGAGCGUUCCUACAACUGGUUCACUGGCUACCAACAUUUGCCUUUUUGUACUAUUGAUGAUAACAAAAUCUGGACAUUUAGCGGCAGAAGCUACAACUACAAUCUAACUACUUCGUGGCACGCUGCUAUGGUGGAUGAGACAGGAGAAAACGGCAAUAAACUAGUCUUCCUUGUUAAAAAACCCAGUGAUAAUGAUGACGCAGAGGUCUACGUUUCCUACCACACUGUAACGGGGUAUAAUGUGGAGAUCAAAAUUAAUACCAUACAAUAUGAAGUCACCAGUAACGCAAGGGAGAUCAGCGACAAUUAUGUUAGCACAUAUUAUGAUGAUGUCUUAAAGAUUCCUGUCGUGGAAUACUAUUACGUAGUCGAGGACCAUUAUCAAGUAUACAGCUUGAACAACGGAGCCAUCCGUUUCAUUUACGACGACCACCGCCGCCUUGUUAUCUUCUCCGAUGAUCACCGCAGCACCACCAGGGGUCUUUGUGGACAGAGCACUUCCCAACCCACCGACGACUAUAUGACUCCUUACGGUCUCGUGGAUCUCCCGGAGCACUACGGAGCCUCCUUCUCUUUGGAAGGUGAAGACAGCGAUCCUAAGACCGUGCAACUGAAGAAGGAAGCCAAACUGAAGGCGUACCAGCCUGUCACCCAGUACACCAACAUUCUCCGCUCUGAUGAUGAGUGGAGCAAAAUCUAGGGCUAACUAGUCAAUGAGAUGUAAUUAUUGUAAUUUUGACUAAACAUUGCAAUAUAACUGAAUGACGAUAUACGACUGAAUUUCAACAUCUGUAGUUUUUUUGUGUAAAAAUAUACCAAUCAUGCAUAUAUUUUCAAAGAAUAGGAGUAGUUAU